AGGGCGCAUGCGCGGUGCGUGGUUUUAGAAGGAAGUGGAGUGGCGGAGUUAAACUCCACGUUUUUGUUAGAAAAUCUGAAAUUGCGGCUUUUUAAAAGCUAAAACUCGCACCUGUCCUUCACCUAGAGACUCACCUGAGAUUAAACAUGCCCAAGAAUAAAGGUAAGGGAGGUAAGAAUAGGAGGCGUGGUAAGAAUGAAAACGAGUCUGAGAAGAGAGAGCUGGUCUUCAAGGAGGACGGACAAGAAUAUGCACAGGUGAUAAAGAUGCUGGGGAACGGGAGGUUGGAGGCGAUGUGCUUCGACGGAGUUAAGAGGCUUUGUCACAUCCGAGGAAAACUCAGAAAAAAGGUGUGGAUUAACACGUCUGAUAUAAUCCUGGUGGGAUUGAGGGAUUAUCAGGAUGUGAAGGCUGAUGUUAUUCUGAAGUAUAAUGCAGAUGAAGCGAGGAGUCUGAAGGCUUAUGGAGAGCUUCCAGAACACGCUAAAAUUAAUGAGACGGACACGUUUGGAGGUGGUGAUGAUGACGAGAUCCAGUUUGAUGACAUCGGAGACGAUGAUGACGACAUUGAUGAUAUCUGAGGAGCUGUGGAGUCGUGCUGCUGCUGAUCUGCUGCGUUUACUCUGAGUGGACUCUCCUGAUUGAUUGAUUGAUUGACUGACCGAUUGAUUGGUUCUGAUCGAGACGGACUCUUUCAUCUUCCCCUUUAUCAUUGAUAUACCCACCAAAACCUCCCCUAAAGGCUCCGCCCAGCCUGAUCCUGAACACCACCCUCACUACAGGACUGCUCUAAUACCAGUCUGACAGUAAAACCAACACACACACACUUCAGACUUCAUAUUUUGUUGUAGUUUUAAUGUAUUUAUAUUUUAUUUCACUGUAUUUGGUGGAAUUUGAGGCUCAUUCAGGAAAUCAGAUUUACAAUAAAAGAUUUAAACCCA